AUGACCAGUCCAAGGUGCACCUCGCGGCCAUGGAAGCUGAACGACUCUCUGAAGGCACGGAGAUACGCCUUCGGCGAGUUCGUAGAGGCUAUGGCGGAGCAUCUGGUCGACAUUAUAGAGGUGAAGAACCAUGUCGACAAGGUGAAGACCAAGCUGUCGCAGUACUACGUCGAGCCCGGCGCAUCCAACGGGCCGAACACCUCUCGCCUGAACAAGUUCCUUGCUGCACACGGCAGCAAGGACAAGCGUAAGAUGGAGCUCAAGGGACUGGACGAGAACGGCAAGCAUGCAAAAGCCGAGAUCGAGCUUCACGAGGACAUCAUCAACCCUGAAAACACUGGGGGGGGAUGCGACUUGGAGGCGUGCGUGGACCUGGCGAGGCGUUUCGCUCAGCGCCUGAUUAAGGCGCUGGGGAAGAGGAUGGCGGAUCUGCGUCAUUUCGAUGGUGUUGGUUUUUUCUCCCCUGAUAAGUAUCCCGACCGUGCAGGAGAGCAGGACGCGUGGGUGAAGCGCCAUCUCUCCGAGCUCCUUGACAUGUUCAAGAACAAGCUACCUGGGCGCCAAAACGCACACCUACACCCAACCAAGGGUCAGAUGCGGAGGAGCUGGGGGAGCGCAAGUACGAGCCCCAGAAACUUCGACAGGCCUGUUCACCACCGCAUUCCCUGCCGCACCGCCGCAGUUUCUGCCGCAAAAUUGGCUGUUAUCGCCGCCAUGCUCACCGUCGCACGUGCAGUCGCUCGGCAUCGCAGCAGCAAAGGCGCAUGCCAUGAAUGCGUCGUCGCCGCUGUGUCGCACAACGUCGCGACGCUCUUGUCAGUUCCCGCACAGACGUCCUCCAAUGAGAUCAGCCCAAAUCACAUCUCCCAUGCCACGUCAUCUACAUUCGGAGGCGCAUCUCCCGCCACCGUGACAUCUCCUGAAACCGCGGCAACUGAUCCGACGGUCGUGAUCAGUUCCAACGCGCGAUCCACGGUGCAGCGGCUCACCAGCGGCCACGCAGCGACUGUUGCUCCGCAAUCGGCGGCGGUGGAAGGCGGGCUGCUGUGGCAACAGCUGGCAACGGGUCCGCUGAGUCGCGGCGGGCUGGCGCAAAGCGUGCGCCACGCGCGGGUCACGGGGUCGGAGGUGAAAGUGGGCAGUGUCAUAGAGCGAAAAGGCAGAUAUUUCCAGGUUGUGAAGACGCAGCACACACAGCAAGGCCGUGGCGGUGCUACCAUUCAGGUGGAGCUGCGGGACGUGCAGACGGGCCUCAAGAGCAACGAGAAGCUGCGCACCUCCGAGCACAUUGAACUGGUGUUCUCAGAUGACAAGCCCUUUGUGUUUCUCUAUGUGGACGAGGACAACGCUUGCCUCAUGGAGAAGCAAACAUUCGAGCAGAUCUCACUUCCCGUGUCAAUGUUUGGCGAUGCAGCACCCUUACUGCAAGACGGCAUGGAGGUGGUGGUGCAUCUGUUCAACGACAAGGCCCUCUCUGCAUCGCUGCCGGCCAGAGUCUCCGAUGUCGUGGACGAGGCAGAGCCCUUUUUUAAGGGCCAGACCGCCGCCCCCUCGUACAAGAAGGUCAAGUUGAGAUCGGGGAUCACAGUUCAGGUGCCAUCAUUUGUGGUGGCAGGAGACGAGAUCAUAGUGCAGACGUCAGACCUCACUUAUGUCACCAGGGUUAAAGGAGCUAAGGAAUAG